UCAGGAUCUUCGGACACUCUGCCCAAACAAAAAGCCAGGCAGUAGGUUAAAUCUUCCUUAGCGCAACAGAUUUAGCUUUUUAUGAUGUAAAUGUUUUGGGAUUUAUUUCAAACUGUUUUUAUGGUUUUCUUUAUGGAAUGCCAUUUGAGUAGGUCAUUUCUAAAGAAAACUUCAAGGAUUUUAGUGUACGGUAACGACGACAGCUAGUGUUAGCAAGGUGAGGCUAGGAAGAGAGUUAGCCAAACACGACCUGGAUGCGUCUAGAAAAAAGUCAUUUUUUUCAGAGAAGCUUUUGUGUUGAACCAAAUGUUCAGCUAAUCAAGUCAAACAUUUAAUACGUUCGGUAUAUAUUGGCAAAGUCCAAUGUGUUUUUAUCCAUUUCCUUCGUUACGUAGUUGAAGUUAAAGCUAACAGGAACAUUAGCUUAGCUACAGGGUAAAACAACAAGAUCCAGCAAGCUGGACAAAACAUUAGAUUUAGUGGGUUUUAAAUCGGGCUCAGGGGGUCCGCUGACACCUCAGAAAAAGAUGAAGAAGAGGAAGGAGCUGAACGCCCUGAUCGGACUCGGUGACAGUAAAAGAAAGAAGACCAAAAAGGGCUCUGGGCACCGACUUCUCCGAACUGAACCUCCAGACUCGGAGUCGGAAUCCAGCUCAGAAGAUGAUGAUUUCAACAACCCGAACAGCGGAGCCAACUUCGGAAAAAGAAGCUACGCACAGUGCUGCAAUGUGUGCUACCCGUUAUUCCUCUUCAUCAUUCUAGCUGCUUGUGUCAUGGCCUGUGCUGGACUCAUAUGGAUGCAAAUUGCUCUGAAAGAAGAUCUAGACUCGCUGAAAGAGAAGCUGCACAGCAUGGAAUUAAGCCAGAAAGUGUCAUCAAGUGAAAUACCKAAAAUAAAUGAAGAUCUCAAAAACAAGGAAAGAAAACUUGAUGACGUUGAGAAUGGAGAUAAGGGGUUGAACAAACUCUGGUUUAACCUAACAGACCUGAAUCAAAAAAUCACGUUACUCGACACUACUGUCAACCAYUUAAAAGUCACCUUGAAAUCAGCUGCUGAUUUAGUCAGCCUUCCAGCAACUGUUGAAGAGCUUCAGAAGAGUGUCGCUACAAUCGGCAGCACAGUAACAAGUGUACAGCACGAUGUGAAGACCAUGCAGGAUGCCCUUGAAAAUCAGAAGAAAGAUGACGACAUGAAGCAAACCAUGGACAUAACAGAUCUCAAAAGAGUCAUGGAUGACGUCAACAAGACAGAAGAGCAGCACCACGUAUGGACUGAUGAGCAGAUCCACAUCCUUCUCUCUACUGUUGCAGAUCUUCAUCAGAGAGUGGCCUCAUUGGAGAACGGGUCAAAACACAGUUUGCAGAGUAAUGAUGCAGCAGCUCCAGUAAGAAUCAUCGGUGAAGACGCUGUAGCUGAGAACAACAAGGAACCGAAUACAACUAAAGCGACACCUGAGGAUGUGAAGGAAAUUUCCUCUCCWCUGAACGAGACACAAACGAGCAGACGACCCCGCUUUUUGAUCCCAAAACGAAUUAAGAGAAAUGCUGGAAUAAACUGUCCAACAAGGGUGAUCCUGCCUGGUGUCAGCUCUCUGAAAGACUUGGAAGACAUCUUCCUGUUAGCAGGCGUUGGACGUAAUUCACUUGGAGUUACCCACCAAGACUUGAAGAACGUGUUUGGACCAUCGACCCCCAGCGAAGGAGCUUUGGAGUGCUAUGAUGCUGACGGAGACCGGAGGUAUUCCCUGUCGGAGCUGAGAGCUGCUGUGGAUAUUUGAACGCAUCCUUGACGUCGGCAGUGAACAGUAUUGAAAACCCAGCGGGGUCUGAGGGGGUUUGGGGUUCCCAGCCCCUUUCUGCAAUUGCUGCACUUUUUGUGAACUGAAUAUUUAACUUACUGAUUGUGGAAAAAAAAAAGUGGCACUGGUAUGCCCUCUCACCACUCACACCCUUUACUCCCCUGAGGUUCACUUUAAGAUAUCAGCCACAAAGCAUUGCUUAYCUUUUAACAGCGUUCCACGAGUCCCUGUAAGUAAAAUGUCACUUAAUUAGCUAAUUCUUUGGUUUAUGUUAGUAAACCAUUGAUAUGUGUUUUUUUGAACCCUAUUAUUCAUCCUCAGUCUUUAACUUGUGCUCAUGUACUUGUAGUUUUUUUUUCUCUGUAUUUUUUAUUUUUGUUUUAGCUACCAGUGAAAUAGUUUGAGAUACUUUUAUCAGUCCGCUGCAUAYGAACCUAUCUGAACAUCUGGUACAAUUUGCAUAAAGUUAAUUUAAAAAGACAAGAAGUAGAAGUUAUGAAUGUUUACAAGUGACCACUAGAAACAGCCUUUUCAGGCUUUGGUCAUUUUUUUUAAAAUGAUUACUUAAGUUAUAGAAAACACAAGUACAAGAGUCACAGUCUUUGUCUACUCUUUUAAAGCUAAAAGAAAAAUGUAAAGUUUGUUUUUGUUUCUUUAUCUUGUUCUAACUGGGAUCACGUAAUUGAUCUGAAUCGUCUUGAUUUUGUAUUUUUCAUGUUUUGUAGAUUUGAAGGGCUACAAACACCUUGAACUGGUUAUUUAUGGGGCAUAUGUAGCAAUAAGCAAUGGUUUAAAAAACGGCACACGUUGCUCACAAUAUGUAACAGGUAGUAUAAGAAGCACUGACUAUUAUUUCCUUGAUUCAUCUUAAUGGUUUAAUAAUGGUGUGUUUACAUUCGCAAAAUGAUCAUAUUCAGACUUUGCUCUGCACUGAAAAUGUAUUAAUCAACUGGUUAGCUUGUUAAGGGUUUGAGUUGUUAAAUUUAUGGUCUGAAUCACAGAGUUCUUUUAACAGUUUAGUUGUGCUGUGCAUGUUUUGUGUGUCAUGAACAAAUCUAUCAAAUUAACCUGUAAUUGUUUAUGCAGGACAAUGUUUAGUUGAGCUCAGUGUGUCAGGGCUUCGGCCUUCAUCGUGGCUUCAAUUUUGGGUCCACAGUGCAAUGUAUACGAGAAAUUUUAUGAUUGKAUUUUUGUUUAAGCAUAAAUUAAAACAGUCAAGGGUUUGAUUUGGUUGAUUUACUUGGUAAUAAUAAACUGAGAAGCCUCA